GUUUGGUAUAUACAAUUCCGCCCUCCUCCCACUAGAAUCCAUGCAACGUGCUAUCAUUAUUCCUCCUAUUUGUUUAUCAUUGGAAUGUCAAGUUUAUCGUUGUAUACGCGUUUUAUGACUUAACAUUUUUGAUUGAUGUAAAAGGAACAUAUGUCAAGCAUUUCGAAAUUAAGAAUGUUGCAGAUUAUACGGAUAUGGUGUUUGCUUGUGUCAGUGGUAAAUUUGACAUUGGCCCUAGAAAAUGGUCUUGUGAAAACACCACCGAUGGGCUGGCUUGCCUGGGAACGAUUUAGAUGUAAUACAGACUGCAAAAAUGAUCCUGACAAUUGCAUCAGUGAUAGACUCUUUCGUACAAUGGCAGACAUUAUUGUAGCAGAAGGAUAUUCUGCAGUUGGAUAUGAAUACAUUAAUGUUGAUGAUUGUUGGUUGGAAAAAGAUAGAGACAUCAAUGGUCAAUUAGUUCCUGACAGACAAAGAUUUCCCUAUGGCAUGAAAAGCCUUGCAAAUUAUAUUCAUUCAAAAGGUCUUAAGUUUGGUAUUUAUGAAGAUUUUGGUAAUUACACGUGUGCUGGUUACCCUGGAAUAUUGGGACACUUAGAAACUGAUGCCCUUACUUUUGCAUCUUGGGAUGUUGAUUACGUGAAAUUGGAUGGAUGUUACUCCCAUCCUUCUGAGAUGGACAGAGGAUAUCCUGAAUUUGGAUUCUAUUUGAAUCAAACUGGCAGACCUAUGGUGUAUUCUUGUAGUUGGCCAGUUUAUCAAGUUUAUGCUGGUAUGCAGCCAAACUAUACUGCCAUAACAGAACACUGUAAUUUAUGGAGAAAUUUUGAUGACAUACAAGAUUCAUGGAACAGUUUGGAAACCAUCAUAGAUUAUUACGGAAACAAUCAAGACUCGAUUGUACCGAAUGCUGGACCCGGUCACUGGAACGAUCCAGAUAUGUUAAUCAUCGGUAAUUUCGGACUUAGCUACGAACAGAGCAAAACACAAAUGGCAUUAUGGGCUAUAUUAGCAGCCCCUUUAUUAAUGUCCGUUGAUCUACGAACAAUUAGACCCGAAUACAAAGCUAUUUUACAAAAUAGAAAAAUCAUUACUGUAGAUCAAGAUCCCUUAGGUAUACAGGGUCGACGUAUUUACAAACAUAAAGGUAUCGAAAUCUGGGCAAGACCGAUAACUCCCGUCUAUCAAAACUAUUUCUCUUAUGCCAUAGCGUUUGUUAAUAGAAGAACAGAUGGUACACCCUCGGAUGUAUCUGUUACAUUAAAAGAACUUGGAUUACAAUAUCCCGGAGGAUACAGUGUAGAGGAUUUAUACGAAGACGUGAAUUAUGGUGUUUUAACACCACAGACAAAAAUUAAAGUUAAAGUAAAUCCAUCCGGCGUUGUGAUAUUGCGAUGUGAUUUACACUUAGAGGAUAUUUUUGACAGUAAUCAAUUUUCACAAUAUACACCGUCGAAUCAGCUGUUUAAAGUCAGACAAAAUACGUUUAAAUAACACAGAUUAAAUAUUAACGAAUUUUAAUUGUAAUUUACCUUUUUUGUAAUAUUUGACAAAACGAUGUUACCAUACUUUGUUAAGAGAAUAGAAAAUAAAGAAUUUUGUAACCUA